CUAGAGCGCCCUACCGUUCCCAGCGUGCGCUGCGCUGGCCUCCCUGCGGUGCGGGGUCCCGGGAUCGGCAGCACGUGCGUUGCAAGGCGGCCCGGCUGUGCAGCAUGUUCCUGCAGUAUUAUCUCAACGCGCAGGGUGACAGGGUCUACACCCUCAAGAAAGUGGACCCCUCUGGCCAGCUGACUUGCUCUGCACACCCUGCCCGCUUCUCACCGGAUGACAAGUACUCCCGCCACCGCAUCACCAUCAAGAAACGCUUCGGCGUCCUGAUGACCCAACAGCCGCAGGCCAUCCUGUGAACCGAGUGCCCAGCCUACUGGAGCUGCGGCUGAGCUGAGAUGGGGUCUAGCUGCUCCCUGAAUCCAGCCCCUGGCUCCCACAGACCCUGUGCUCUGCCCUUCUGCGAGAACCCGGGUUAAUUGCCCAUAUUGAGCUCCAACUGGAUACACUGUUCCUCUGGGGUGCAAAUAAAUUGUCUUGAUCCCA